GUUCGACUUCUGUCGUCACAGGCUUAAAUUCAAAUUUUGGAUAUCUUAUUUUGGUGUCGUUUCUCUUGUUCGUUUGGUUUGGAAGUCUACUUCACAGGGAAGGUACUCUCCACCUGUUUCAUACCAUUUUUCUUUUAGUUGUAAGCUUGUCGUCCGCCUACCAAAAAAUCAACGACGAUCAGGGUUAAGAGAGUUUGUUUUUUACCUGAAAGGUUUGCUGACACAAGUUUAGCCAUGAAAAAGCCUUACAUUUCAAAUUUAUCAGACGCAAUAUGAGAUUUUGAUGUCUAAAAUUUAAUGUUUUUGCUAGGUCUUAGUUACUAGAACUAGUAAUUCCGUUGUCAUCUGUGAUAACCACGAGAGAUAAAAUUAGGACAGUCGAGCUUACGAUAAGCCAUUAGUCGUUAAAUUAGGAGGGUUUAGGUAAGAAGUUAAGCUGUUUUCGGCGCUGAUUUUUUCCCUUAAAUAUUUAUAUCAAAAUGAAUUUAUUUCAAAUUUUGAUGAGCAAAGGCUUUAUUCAGAAUGGCAAACGAUAGAAGCUUACAGACACGAAUUAUUGGAGUUAGACAUUGUUAUUUCAUGGAAACCGGAAGUAUGAACGUGUCCUAUUAUUUACAUCCAGCCGAUUUACUAAGUAUUUCUCCGCCAAGCCAAAAUUUAGGGACUUGUACCACAAAUUACUACAGAUAAACUGUUGCUAACUACCUUUUCGCAAACGUAACGAUCACUUAAGCCACAUUAUAGCUAGUUUCUCCACAUUAAUUGGCGAUAAAUCUUCUACCGAUUCUUCUUGAAUAUAUUCACCGUUGGAAAAAAAGCAUUCAGUAUUUGUUUUAAAGCCUCUAUUCACCUUGGAAUAUAAAUGGGUACCAUAUAACUCUCGGGGACAGCCUUUUUAUGUGCUGGAUGAUUUUGCGAGUAGCAAUACACUAACUCGACACUUCAUGCUAUAUGGAAACUGUGAUGAACUCUAGCAAUAAUCUAAGCGAGUUUCGCGCGUAAAAUAUUGUGUUUUGGUAGCUAACACGGAAUAAUCAGCCUCAAAAAGUAUACGUGGAUCAAACAAAGCUGAUUUGUAUUCAUUCCGGUUCUCUUGCAGGAAAUUUUUCUAUUAGCUAUUAGAUCCUCCACUGUUUGUCAAGGAUGGCAUUUUUUCGACUCGAGCUUAAAUUUCUCGUCCUCAUCCAAGUUAUAAUACACUUAUUCCCAAAACACAUGUCUCAAACAACAGCUAUCAAUAACUGUACAAGUGCUGUCAAUCCUAUUGAUGCCUGUGACAAAAUCACCUACGAACAAGUUUACAACAUCUUGGCAAAAUCAGAAAACAGUUUCAACAUCGAGUCGGCUCUUUAUCCACCCAAGAGGCCUUCCUCAGUUCGUGUGUUUGUUAAUGUCUACGGCCACAACAAAGUUAAAAAUUCAACUCCUGCUGCCAAAUACACGUGGAGUAUGUCUUGCCUGUACGCUGCUCUUCCUGCUAAAGUUCUUGAAUUUUGGUCUUUAUGGUCAAUCAUGGUGACCAGUCGAACACAGGAGCUUAACAUAACAAUUUCACUUUCCUGCUGUGAUGUGACGAAAGGGAAACUAAAAAAACACAUCGAAGACGCUCUAGCUGCUGUAAGUACUUUGACCAACUUAGAUCAUGUAUCAACAUAGCAAAAAAAAAGGUAUAAUUGAACAUUAAAAACCAAUCAGGAAAAAACAUUGCACUUUAAAAAUAGAAAACAUCUGGUUAUCAUGAACACUUUUUUUUAGACUGAAAAGAAUUGAAAGUAGAGUUUUUACUUCAGUUACUGUAACUUCAUCCAUGGAUCAAUCAAUAAGAAAUUGAAAAUGUUAGUAUCCUCUGCAAAAUGAGAAAUCUGGAAAUAUACGAUUUUAAACCAAGUCCCCACCCCUCUCCCCCGCCCUCGUCUAAAUUUGCUUAAUUGACAUCUUUGCUCUAAUCUCUCCCACAAACUGGAAGUCACUUAAAUGAACGCAAAUAUCAAAAAUCGAAAAACAGUUAAAAGAAUUGUCCUUGAAGUCCAUGAACAGAAACGUGACGAUUCUCCAUAGUGGAGAUGAAAUGUUCCUGCCUUUCCAUCUCUGCGGGGGGAGUAGUUCAUAUUUCCUUCCUAGAGUUAUUUGGCAAAUUGUGCCAGAGUCAGGGAGAUUCAUGUCUUUUCCUUGAGACUUGUGGCCUAUUCGGGAGAGUUGGCAUGUUUGCUGGGUAUGUACACUGUUAUUAUGACCGAGAACCCGUGACUUGGUACUGGUCAUACUAACAGGUUUGUUCUGUGUUUUUAAAUAUUUUUCAAAACCUUCCAAGACGCCAUAGCUCACUUCUUUUCUGCAUACUCAUUUAAAAUCAUCUUUUUGUUUGAUUUAACUCAGUUGACUUAUGUUUCAUAGCUUCAAGAUCUGGCUGUUAGUCCAGCAAUAAGAGACCCCCAACUGAAUUCUGCUGAGUGUAUUACAGAGGGACAUCAACCAAAUAUUUCUUCUGUUGCAGAACACAGUUGGCGUAUAAUAGCAAUGUUAUUCCUCUCUGUUCUCUUUUCAACACUGUUUGGGCCAUUGUUGGCCUUUAAAACAACGAUAAAACGGGACGAGCUCAAAAACAAAAAAGGAAGGAAGUCAAAAAUUAAGAAAAAUACAAUAGAUUUCCUUUGUUUGAUUUUAUUAGUAAUACUCGUUGGUUUAUAUAUAGCAAAAGAGGUAACAGUCCAUAAAAUUAGCAGCGAUAAAGAAAUUGAUAGAAAUAAGAGAAAUGAUAAAGAAGUUGUUCCUUGGCACGUUGAAGCGAUACAACCGUUCAUUAUGGGUGUUGGGGUUAUGGUCUUCGUGGUGACAUGUAUAGUCUGUGGGAGUUGCGGCCAGAGAAGACAUCAACAAGGACAUCAACAAGGACAUCAACAAGGAUAUCAACAAGGACAUCAACAAGGACAUCAACAAGGACAUCAACAAGGACAUCAACAAGGACAUCAACAAGGACAUCAACAAGGACAUCAACAAGGACAUCAACAAGGAUAUCAACAAGGAUAUCAACAAGGACAUCAACAAGGAUAUCAACAAGGACAUCAACAAGGACAUCAACAAGGAUAUCAACAAGGAUAUCAACAAGGACAUCAACAAGGACAUCAACAAGGACAUCAACAAGGACAUCAACAAGGAUAUCAACAAGGAUAUCAACAAGGACAUCAACAAGGAUAUCAACAAGGACAUCAACAAGGACAUCAACAAGGAUAUCAACAAGGAAAUCAACAAGGAUAUCAACAAGGACAUCAACAAGGACAUCAACAAGGAUAUCAACAAGGACAUCAAAGGGAGCACACAGUAGAGUGGAAGUCAUUCUUUUUCAUAAUUUGUGCAAAUUUAGCAACCUACCAUUUUUGUUGGCUCUUAGUCGGUAUAAUGCUAAAUCCUAUCUGGGGUCUUGCUGUUCUGCUCUUACUUUGUCUUGUUAUCGGUGUCUUAACCUUUGCAUUUUAUACCUGCAUGUAUUCAAUUACUUAUGACAACAACACAAAAUGUCAGUCAUUUUCCUCAUGUUUUGCUGGGUCCCUAGCUAUCUGUGGUCUUAUUAUUGUUGUAGUUCUAGCUGGGCAGUCAUAUAAUGGGAGACAAACUGCUGAUGAAGCUUUGAAAGAAGCAGUAAUGUAUUUAAUCUCUAUAUUCUUUUCAUGGCUCUAUUGGAAGAGGUGGGUUAAUAAAAGUAAGAAAUCUGCUGAAAAUGGUCAUGUUUCAGAGGACAGUGAAAUAGAAAUGAAACCACUUGUGCGGCAAGAUGUUCAAAUCAUUACAGUGUAA